AUGUCCCUCCCUCUCCUCACAGCCCAAUACUACCAGCAACUCGAGCCUCCUCUCCUUACCGUCCCCGAUGACCGCACCCUACUCCACCCCACCACUCAAGAUGCCAUCUACCGCGCCCUCUUCGCCGAACCCAGCUCCAGACCCCUCCCCCCACCAGCAUAUCGCACGCGCGUUCUCAAACGACUCAUCACGAGACUAGAAUCCCUACUCUCCAACCCCGAGGAGGAUGAAAUCUCCGACAAUCUACUAGAAACCUACAGCACGCUCCUCUGCACCCCCAAACCAUCCUCCAUCCAACAAGCUCAGCAACUAACAUACAUUACCUACACUGCGCCAAUUACCACCACCACCACCACCAACCAAGCAGAAGGAUGUGAAGAACCAGAAGCGAGAACAAUUCUCACUUCGGAAUCCCGCAAUGCGAUUCUCACUGCGGGCACAACCGGCCACCGAACAUGGGAAGCCGCGCUACAUCUAGCUACAUACCUCUCUGCUACAUCGGAAGGGAAAGCACAUAUUGCCGGGAAACGGGUGCUCGAGCUAGGCGCGGGGACGGGUCUAGUGUCGAUGCUCUGUGCCAAGUAUCUCGGGGCAGAGAUGGUGGUUGCGACGGAUCGGGAGGUGGGGCUAAUGCGACAGAUUGGCGAUUGUGCGGAGCGGAAUCAAUUGGAGAGGGUGAGGUUUAGAGGGAGGAUCUGGGAAUGGGGGAGGGAUAUGGAGAGCUGUCCCCAGGAGGAGGAGGAUGAUGAUGAUGGUAAGCAGGAGGAAUGGAUGACGGGCAAGGUUGAGUUUGAUGUUGCCCUGGGGGCGGAUUUGUCUAGUUUGGACUGGACAAAACUGGACAGGACAAGGUUGGGUUUCAUUACCUCUUUGGGGUUGAGUUUCCCGACCUUAUGGUUGCGCCGGGUUGUGUUGCCGUUGUGUUACUCACACCUCACUUUACCCAUUCCAUCUUUCUGUCCACCCACAUCAAUCUCUACCCUAAUCUACGACGUCGACCUCGUCCCCCUGUUCGUCCAGACCGCCAAAGACCUCUUCGAGAACUACUGCGUCAGAGAGUUCCUCAUCUCCGCCACAUUACGCAAUGAACAUACCUUCGGGGCGUUUUUGAAGGCUUGUGAAGACCAACAUCUAACCGUAGAACGUAUCCCGUUUGAAUCGCCCGCUGAAUCCGAACAGACGGGCUUCUUUCAUUCCACGGCGAUUCCGAUCCAGACCUAUCGGAUCUCGUACCUUGCUUCUUUCUAGGAAUAAAAGUUGUUUGUAAAGGAGACGCGUGUAUCUGAAAUGGUGAUAGGUGAGUAGAGGCUUGAUUGUACCUAUAUGGAUGGAUGUCAGUAUGCUCAAGAGGCAGGCAUGCAUAGACGUAAGUAUGAAGUAUGGAAGUAUGGAUGCAUGUUUAACUUCUGUAUUGGAUAUGGUCG